CGGCUCUAAAGAGGGGGGCCGCUUUAUAAGGGACCGGGUAGCUCCGGGACGAGAACUUUUUGGCUGUCGGUGGCGUCGUGGCUGCUGGCGAGGUGCAGAAGCGGAGCCUGCUGCCGGGGAGCGCUCGAGCAAUGGAUCCGAACAUGGAUAUGUAUUCUUAUACAUUCUUGCUCGAUAACAAUACUAGUGAGCCAGGCUCUGGAGAAGAAGAUAACUUCACAGGGCUAUGCUUCGAAGAGGAAAACGAAGAUUUCAAGCGAAUCUUCUUACCCACCAUCUUCUCCAUCAUUUUUUUGACAGGAAUUGUUGGCAAUGGCUUGGUGAUUGUUGUCAUGGGUUUCCAGAAGAAACUGAAGAGCAUAACUGACAAGUAUAGAGUCCAUCUCUCAGUAGCUGAUCUCCUCUUUGUCAUCAGCUUGCCCUUCUGGUCUGUGGAUGCUGUGAUAAGCUGGUACUUUGGUGAAGUCUUGUGUAAAAUUGUGCACAUCAUUUACACUGUCAAUUUAUACAGCAGUGUCUUGAUCCUGGCCUUCAUCAGCUUAGAUCGGUACUUGGCAAUUGUACAUGCUACCAACAGUCAGAGAGCUCGGAAAUUGUUGGCCAAAAGGAUUGUCUACAUUGGUGUUUGGCUGCCAGCUUUGCUGUUGACUAUACCUGAUAUAAUGUUUGCUCGUAUUACUGAGAUUGGUGGAAAAUACAUGUGCCAGCGAUUUUACACUAACCAGUCCUGGCAGAUCCCCUUCCAAUUCCAGCAAAUUUUAGUAGGCCUCGUCUUGCCUGGCCUUAUCAUACUGACUUGUUACUGCAUUAUAAUUUCUAAGCUGUCAAAAUCAAAGGGUUACCAGAAACGUAAAGCUUUGAGGACAACCGUCAUCCUGAUUGUGGCCUUCUUUGCCUGCUGGCUACCAUACUACAUUGUUCUCACCAUAGACACUUUCAUCCUCCUCCGGUACAUCAAGAGAGGCUGCAGUUUUGAAAUACUGGUGCGUAAGUGGACCACCAUUACCGAAAGCCUGGCGUACUUCCACUGUUGUCUGAAUCCCAUCCUAUAUGCUUUUCUGGGUGCCAAAUUCAAGACAUCGGCUCAAAAUGCACUCACCUCUGUCAGCAGGGGAUCAAGCCUUAAGAUCCUGUCCAAAGGCAAGCGUGCGGGACAUUCUUCUGUUUCAACAGAAUCGGAGUCUUCCAGUUUCCAUUCCAGCUAACAUAAUUUCUUGUUUAAUGCCUGUAAUGAGGUGGGACCUAACAAACAUACAGGCUCUUGUUUGUACAUACUGUAUAGUCACUCACAAGAUUUUGGAGGGGGAAAAUAACCCUCCAAGAUAAUAUACAAGUUUAUUCCCAAUUGGAAUAUUUUGUUUCCUAUUAGUUUUCUGUGGAAAUCGAUGGACUUAUUUAUAAAAAAAAAUAUUAAAACCUUUUACAUGUUGAUGAGAGUGUGUCUGGGCAGGACCUAAAAAACGUUAGGUGGCAAAGUUGUAUUGCUUGUGUGCCUAGUUGUACAGAUAAUGAUUUUAAACACUUAUAGAUAGUAGCGUUGUUGAUGUGCACAAGCUGUUUGUACAUAAAAGAAUGCUUCCAAGAUAUUCGUUGAAAGACUGUAUAAUCAUUGUGGACAUUUAGGAUUUCUUGGCCCAGAUUGUGGGAAAUGUUUUAUUUUAUACUACUUCAGUGGUAGGCAGUGGAUAUAAUCCCCAUCUUUCCAGAGGAAACAUCAAAAUACAUGGAUUUGAAUGCGGCUGGGUUGCCUCCAGUGGCACUUAACCACCAAAAUACCUUCAGGCAGGUGCCUUUUGGCAAUAAAGUAAUUUUGCUGAUCGCUGCCAUUAUAAAGUUGCCAAUAAAAAAUGUGAAGAAAAUUC